UUGUUGCUGUGAAAACGGGAAAAGGGGGAAAUUGCGGGAAACCGAAACUAACUACAUGUACUUUAUAUAUUUUAUAAGAAGAUAAGAAACAAUUUCCCCUCAUUUCCACAAAAGUAAUUGUUUAAAUGGAGUGAAAAAUUCUACUUCAUUUAAUUUGGAAUUUUAACUUAAAUUAUGUUCGCCUUGCAAGGAAAGUGAAAGAUCACCCACUGUUUUUAAAAUUGCCAACUUCAUUUAUCUAUCUAAUUUUAACCAUAUUUUGAAAUGAUGUAUUCAAAGAAGAUAAUCAGAGGACUUUGAGAAACACACCCACAACUUUUAGGAUUCUGAUGUGGAGAAACCUUCAUAUCUUAAAAAAGCUUCUGAGUUUCAUAUUGAUUCCUUUAAUUAUGUUUUUAACACAGGCUUAAAAACAGCACUUUUGGAUAUUGACCCUGUGCAUACUGGCACGGAAUUUAAUGUUGAAAUCUCAAUCUCUGAAGUUAAAAUGCAACCUAUUUAUUAUCCAAUGGAUACAAGAACGCAUAAAAAAGUUUCAUAUCCAUCUGAAAUUAGAGAAAGGAAAGCGACAUAUAAUGGAGAAUUGGAUAUAGUUUUAAGAUUUGAAACAGACACUAAAGUUGAAUUUUUUAGCAGAAUCUUCUAUAUUCCAAUAAUGGUGAAAUCGGAUUUUUGCCUUUUGAAGUCACUUAGUAAAGCUCAAUUGAUCAAACAUGGGGAGGAUUUAAAUGACCCUGGGGGCUACUUUAUUGUUGAUGGUUCUGAACGCAUUAUAAGAACAUUUGUAAUGCCAAGGCGAAAUUAUCCACUAGCUUUGGUAAAUCAAAAAUGGAAAUUAAUUGGAAAUGGUUAUUCCCAAUAUGCUGUUUUUACCUCUUGUAAUAAAGAAAACCACACAAUCUCAGAUAUAUAUUUGCAUUAUGUGAAUAGUAAUAAAGAUACUAACCAUCCAUCUAUUGAAGUGCGUGUGUUUUAUCGUGGAAAACCUUAUUUCAUCCCCCUGAUCUUGCUUAUUAAAUCAUUAGUAGAUGAAAGUGACCAUAGUAUCAUUAGAGAAAUUGCAAAAUUCAGCAAAGAUCCUACUUUAAAAUUGUUUUUAAAGCACUUGUUUCGUGAUCUACAUAACAUCAAAUCUACAGAUUCAAACAAUGAAAGUAUUUACAGUCAUAAUCAGGCGAAAAACUUUAUAGGAAAGUUAUUUCGUCCAGUGUUUAAAGGUGCUCCAAAUGCAUCAAAUUCUGAUGUUACUGAUCAUUUCCUGAAGUCUUCUGUUUUCAUACAUCUUGAUAAAAAUGAAGAAAAAUUUCAGUUAUUUUGUUUUUGCAUUUGCAAGCUCUUUGCAUUAGCUCGAAAUCAAUGCAUUAGUGAUGACCUUGAUAAUCCAGUAUUCAAUGAAAUAUUGUCACCAGGACAAAUAUAUUUAUUGGCUGUUAAGAAUGGUGUCAAUUAUUUUUUAAAUUCUGUUAAAAACAGUCUCAGAAAAGAAAUCGAUGGAAAGUUUGCUACUACAACCAAAAGAAUCACUAAAAAAGAUUUUGAUUCAUAUUUAAAAGGCAUGGCAAAGUUAUGUACUAAUAGAGCUGUUUCACUUACUCCUAUUGUGAAGAGCUUUAUAGCCACUGGCAAUUUGCCAGGAAAUCAUGGUCUCAUGUCCUCAACUGGAUAUACUGUUGCCCUUGGAAGAUAUAAUGUAUUUGAGACUGCAUCACAGUUCAAUGGAAUAUAUAAAUUCUCAAUGAGUUUUUAUCCACAAACUAUGCGAAAAUUUUACCCUGAAUCAUGGGGUUUCUUAUGUCCUGCACAUACACCAGAAGGUGAAAAUAAUGGCCUAUAUAAUCAUUUUUCUUUAGGCUGUGAAAUUGUAAGCCUAAAUACUGCACCUCUUGAAACCAAAGUUUUACAUAAAUUAGGUGUUCUUGAAUUUUAUGAUCCAUGCACUUAUUCCUGUUUCAAAAAGAAUCCUGUUUUUGUUGAUGGUAAAAUACUAGGUUGGAUUAAAAAAAAAUCCAUCCCAAGUUUUAUAACCCAACUUAAAUUUCUCCGUUCUAAAAAAAAUUUUAUCCCAAAUUAUACUGAAAUUGUGCCAAUUUUGGAAAGCAAGCACUGUUCUCUAUUCCCAGGAAUUUUCAUAUUUUCAACACCAUGUCGUCUUAUUCGACAAGUUAGAAAUAAUCUAAAUAUGAAUUAUGAAUUAAUUGGAGCAUAUGAACAGUUAACUGUCCAAGUAAAGAGUUGUGGUGAAAAUGAUGCCGAAUAUUCUGAAAUAAAUAACUACAACUUCUUAGGCAUGGCUGCAGCAUUAAUACCUUUUGGGGAAAAUAAUCCUGCCCAAAGAAAUAUUUUUACGACUUGUAAAAGCAAUCAAGCUGUCAGCUUUCCAUUUUCAAACUUAAAACGAAGGUCAGAUACAAAAAGUGUGUUUUUAACGUAUCCUCAAAUACCCAUUGUAGCUACUUCAAAAUAUGCAGAAUACAACUGGGAUGAAAACCCAACUGGGACCAAUCUUUCAAUAGCUAUCAUUAGCUAUUCCGGAUAUGAUAUUGAAGAUGCUAUUGUGUUGAGCAAAGCUUCUGUUGAUAGAGGUUUGAUGAGUGACAUAAUGUACAAGACCAUGACUUAUGAUUUUAAAGAAUUAGCUGAAGAUUUUAAACACAAAGAUGUUCGGUUAAUUUUCAAGAGAGAUCCAAAUCAACCACAUCUAUCUGAAUAUCUAGAUGUUCAUGGUAUACCACAUAUAGGAAAGAGAGUUGAAAAAGACUCUCCCAUACUGAGUGUCUUCUGUGAAAAAACAAAACAGUAUGUUAUAAAAACAUACCAAAACCGAAGCCCAGCUUUUAUCGAAACUGUAAAACUUACGGGUGUUUCAGCAGCAAAAGUAGAUAAAAGACUGCCCACUGAAAAUCAAAAAGUUGUGAUAACUUUCUAUACCAAGAGAAUACCAGUAAUAGGGGAUAAAUUCUUCAAUAGACAGAGCCAAAAAGGAAUUUGUUCUGCCAUACUACCUCCUGAAGAUCUUCCUUUUUCUGCAGAUGGUUUUGUUCCUGACAUAUUAUUCAAUCCUCAUGGCAUACCUUCUCGGAUGAGCAUUGGUAUGCUUUUGGAGAUACUGGCAUCACUUGUUGGUGUUCAGAAAAAUAGAAGAAUAUUUGUUGAACCCUUUGAAUUUUCUGAAAAAGAAAGUGCUGCCGAAUAUUUUGGAGAUAUUUUAAAGAAAAUUGGGCUCAAUUUUUACGGAACUCAAAAAUUUUACAGUGGAACAUCUGGUGAAGAACUAGAAGCUGACAUAUUUUGUGGAUUUGCAUAUUACUUUCGAUUGAAACAUGUUGUAGAGGAAAAAUAUCAAGUAGGAUCUGUUGCUGAAGAUGUAGAUAUUAGAACAAUGCAACCACUUAAUGUUAAUAAAGCUGGUGCAAUAAAAUUUGGGGAAAUGGAGCGUGAUGCAAUUUUGUCACAUGGUGCUAUGAACUUAACCAUGGAUCGUCUGUUGUUGAAUAGUGAUUCAUGCAAGGCAUUCAUUUGUGAAGAAUGCCAACAGGUAAUAUUACCUGUGACACAACCUCCAAAUCAUGAACUGCAAGUAAUAAACCUUCAAAUGAACACCAUAUGUCGAAUGUGCCAAAAAACCAGUGCAUCUGGUGUUAGAAUACCGUAUGUCCUUGUAUAUUUAGUUUCGGAGCUUGCUGCUAUCGGCAUAAAAUUUCAGUUCUCAUUUGAGUAAUUUAUUAUUAAUGAUUUCAUAUAAGAACUAUGCAUCUUUAUACAUGGCAUAAUUUGAUUUCACAUAUGAUUGUUACUUAUUUUUGUAUGUGUAUAUAUAUAUAUAUAUCAGGAGAUUUCAUUUUAUAUCAACUUUUGAAAUAUUCAAUGGACUGUCAACAUUCAAAUGUGAAUUAAUAUUUAUUAUAUUUAUAUUUAGUGAACCUUUUUUGUAAAUUGUUCAGUUACUACUAUUUCAAAGACAGGAAUAAUUUAAUUUUUUACUUUCAUUAUACAAGAAAAAUUAGUUUUAACAAUUACUGGAAUGGAUCUUAUUUUAAACUACCUGUUAUAUCCAUCAUGGCUUCAGAUGAAUAGAUAUCCAUGUCUUUAAUUAAAAAAUUACUUUGAAUAAUUGUCACAAGCCAUCUUUAUAUUUCUAUAUUUGUGAAUGAAAUAACAAGUACUUAUAAUAAAGUUAAUAGUAUUUGUUAUAUCAAUCAAUUAAACACCAUUUGAUUUGAUUUUACUUACGCUUAUACAGCAUACCAUUGAUAUCCUGUAUAAGCAUAAGUAAAAUUCUAAUUAACAUAUUAAGGAUCACAAAGAAAUUCUGUACUUUGGAUCGCACGUUUUCGGGCAAACUAGUAUGUUCUAAAAUCAUCAUAACUGUUAUUUAUUGAGCAAUUUUUGUGAUGAGAGUAACACGAGAAACUCGUGAGCGGUCCUAACAGAUGGGAUGCGAAGCACAAAACUCGUGAGCAGUGCUUAAUGCGCUGCUGGCAUUUUAUGGAAUUCCAAUAUCUCGAUAUUACAAAUAUGUGUGCAUAUAUAUAUAUAUAUAUAUAUAUAUAUAUAUAUAUAUAUAUAUAUAUACACCUUAGAAUAACUUGUAUUACACACCUCAGGUUGGAAAUAUGCACCUAAAAGUUUUUUUUAUUUUUUUUUUAUUUGUAAUUUUAAUUUCAUAUUUUCCUGUUGUUUUUACUGCGAUACCAUAGAUGUUAUCAUUAAAAAUAAAUCUUGCAUUAUUUCAAAAAAAUAUCUUUUUUAUAAUACUAAUGGUAAUGCAAAUUUUUCCUGAAUUUUGGGAUUUUAUUAAAAAUAUAUUGUUUAAUUUAUAAUUAUAGAUUGCAUUGUUGCUCUGAUAUUCAAAAUGUUUUUAUUGUUUCAUCAAAUAUUUUAUUGUAUUAUUUUCUUCCUUUUAAAUCUAUUUUCUGAAUAAUUUUCUAUCUUUGAUUAUUUCUGCUUUCUAAUUUAUUCUUAUAUUUUGAGUUUUAGAUUGCUUUGAUGUGACUGCUUUCUUAAUUAAUAUUUGAAAUAUGAAUAAUAGUGGUAAUUUAUUUGUUUACAUUGGUUUUGAACAGGCGGAUUGAUGUACAAAUAUACCUGUGUAUCAUUGUUUCAUUUAUAAGGCUUAAAUUGAGUAUAGCAAUAGAUUAUAAAACACUUCAAUUCAUUGUUAUCAAAUAAUAACGAUGAAUUGAAUGAUUCUUUUUAAUGAAUCCAAUCUUUUAAUGAUUAUCUUUUUGAUGAUAACAAUUUAAUAGUUUGCGAAAUUUUCCUGAAUUUUCGAAAAAAUAUUUUCUUCCCGAUUUCCAAAAAUAAAUUACAUUAUUCUAAAAUUCAAACGGCUUUUCUUGUUUCAACAGAUAUUUAAUUGUAUGAUUUUCUUCCAUUAUUGAAAGCUAAGGCAGAAAGACUCUUUUAUUUGUCUUGUUAACUACACAGAUAUUAACAAAGUGGAAUUACAAUAUCGCAAAAUUUUGAAGAAAGAUGAACUAGUAAUUUGCAUUUUUAAUAGUGCUAUGUUGUUAUAUUACAGAUCUCCUAUUGAAAGGUUCAUGUACUCAGUAAGCAAAACUUAAAAUUACGCGACUUCAAUGAUAAUUUGGUGGAAUCGCAUACAUGAAGCUAUAUCUAAACGAUUUAUCAGAAAAUAAAUAUAACUAGUAAUUCCAGCAAGUCAGCUGUUCGCCAAUGGCGACUCAUAUGUAAAAGGAAUAUUGCUUAUUCAAGAUAUGAAUGCCUAGUUAGUGAUAUUAGGAUUUUUAUAAUAUUUUGGAUAUGGAGAUUUUAUACAAAAUGUCAAUUUAGGGACAAUUAUGUUAAUAAAUUAUUUUCAAAAAUUUAUCUUUUAUAUGUGAUUGUAAUAUUUGUAUGAAUCAAAAUAAUAAAAGGAUGCACAGUGUUUAAAUAUCAUUAUAUUGCAAAAAAUUGACUAUAAUAGCUAAUUUUUCAUUUUAUUAAUAAUUUUAUAUACAUAAAUGAAAAUGAAUUUAAAUAUAUCUAAUUAUUUUUCAUCAAUAUUAUUGGUAAUACAAUAAAUUGUUCUGUGUAUUGAAGUUCUGUGAAGAAUUGUUCUGUGAUAUUUAAUUAACUGUCAAAGAACCUUUGUGUUCUCUAGUAUUUUUUAUAUAAAUGAUUUAAUCAAGUAACUCAUUCUCUAAAUAUCAACAUAAGUAUAAUGGAUUGUAAUUAUGUAAUUUUCUUAAAUUUUGAUACUUGCUGGAUCUGUGUAUUAUAUGUAUAUUAUUUGUGCAUUAUAUAUAUAUAUAUAUAUAUAUAUAUAUAUAUAUAAUAAUAUAAUCUGUCCAUGCAACAAGAGUCUGGUCCAAGCAGUUUUCAGUACAAAAUGUCAUUGUUACUUCCCUUAGAUUUGCACUAUAUUUUUGAACAUUCCAUUUCAAUCAUGACCAAAUUAAUACACAGACUAUGAAUAUAUUUGAUAUUUUCUUUGUAUAUAGUUUUUGCAAUAAUCACAACUGAACAAUUUUUUUUCUAAAUGUGUGAGGACAGAUUGCAUGCUUUUUUUUAAUGGUUUCUUUAUAUAUUUUAUUUUAUAUUUUCUUUAGUUUAAUGACUAACAACAUUAUGCAUGAAAAUUUAUUUUGAGACGAUGAAUGUACUUGAAAAAUGAAGGAUUUUGUAACUUUUUUUUCAUGUUUCACAGCGAAAAUAAUAAAAAAAAGAGUCCCUUUCUUUUUUAAAAUGGCAUGCUAAAUUAUGAUUUGUUGUGUAAGAAAUGUACUGAACUGUAAUAAAAAAAAUUUUAGAUGAAUUAAUGCAUAUUUUAUAUUAACU